AUGAUCUACAAUAUGUACAUCUUUGACAGGCACUGUCAGUGCAUCUACUACCACGAUUGGCACCGUGGCCACACCGGCAAGAAUGCCUUUGACCAGCACGGUGAUCCGCUCGCUUCCCAUCAUAGUGGAGGCAUCGGUGGUGGCGGCGGUGGAUCGACGGCGACGACGACGACUAUGACGGAUCCACGACAGGGCAUGAAUAUGUCUCUUGAGGAAGAAGGAAAACUCGUCUAUGGUGUCGUCUACUCACUCAGGAACCUGGUCAAGAAACUCGGAAAGAGCCAAGACGGAUUCAUCGCUUACAAGACUUCACAUUACAAGCUACACUACUUUGAAACCAUGACUGGCCUCAAAUUUGUCCUGAACUCGGAUCCGGGUGUCGAAUCCUUGCAACAGGCCCUGCACCAGAUUUAUACCCAAUUAUACGUCGAGCUCGUCGUGAAGAAUCCAUUGGCGAGCGCGACUCUGACGGGCGGCAAUGUAAACCCGGAGACCAUGGGCGCAGAAGGGUUUAGGAGUGGGGUCGAUCGGUUCGUAAGGUCGUUAACCAUGUUCGAUACUCUUUGA